AUGUGACGUGGUGGCUGCGGGAGGAGGCGGACCCCGAGCUCAUCCGUGCGGCGGUGGCGGAGGCGGCGGCUAGUGCGCCCUGGCGGACGGGCGCAGCGGAGGCGGCGGGUCUGGCGGAGGUGGAUGAGGCGGCGGCGGCGGAACUGCAGUGGGGCGAUGGGAGCAGUGAUGCCAGUGCCGCCGCCGCCGCCGGCUCCUCAGCGGCUGCGCAGCAUGGCUCGGGUGCCGCGGAUGCCGGCUGCAGCAGCAGCAGCGGCAGCAGCGAGUGGAGCCAGCGGGGGCGGUGGGACUAUGUGGUGGGGCUGGUGGGGAAGCCCAGCGCCGGCAAGAGCACCUUCUUCAAUGCGGUGACAGACCCGGUCAGUGACGACGACGGCGCCCGAGUGGCCGCCUUCCCCUUCACCACCAUCGCUCCCAACAUCGGGAGGGGAUUCUGCUUGGUGCCCGACCCCGCACCGCUGCUGGGACUGGGGCGGGGGGCCGCGAGACCGCUUCACGGCUACUCCGAGUCCUUCUGCCUGGACAGCGCCGACCCACGGUUCACCAACAUCGACCCGCUGCGCCGCUGGGCGGGUGCGGCGGGCUGGUCGGCGCCACCCGUGCGACCACUGCUGUGGCGCAAGGUGCCGGUGGUGGUCAAGGAUGUGGCAGGUCUGGUCCCCGGCGCCUACCAGGGUCGCGGGCGCGGCAACGCCUUCCUCAACGACCUGUGCGACGCGGAC